UUUGGGAUCGGGGAGCGGCGGUGACAAUGGAGCUGUCCCUGAGGGGACACGAAUCUUUGGGAUCGGGGAGCAGCAGUGACAAUGGAGCUGUCCCUGAGGGGACACAAAUCUUUGGGAUCGGGGAGCAGCAGUGACAAUGGAGCUGUCCCUGAGGGGACACGAAUCUUUGGGAUCGGGGAGCAGCAGUGACAAUGGAGCUGUUCCUGAGGGGACACAAAUCUUUGGGAUCAGAGCUGAAAUCAGGGAGCAGCGGUGACAAUGGAGCUGUCCCAAAAGGACACAAAUCUUUGGGAUCAGAGCUGAAAUCAGGGAGCAGCGGUGACAAUGGAGCUGUCCCAAAGGGACACAAAUCUUUGGGAUCAGAGCUGGGAUUGGGGAGCAGCAGUGACAAUGGAGCUGCCUCUGAGGGGACACAAAUCUCUGGGAUCCAGGAGCGCGGUGACACUGGGUCUGCCCGUGAGGGGACACAAAUCUUUGGGAUUCGGAAGCAGCGGUGACAAUGGAGCGGCCCUUAAGGGGACACAAAUCUUUGGGAUCAGAGCCGUGAUCAGGGAGCGGCCCCAAAGGGACACAAAUCUUUGGGAUCAGAGCUGGGAUUGGGGAGCAGCAGUGACAAUGGAGCUGUCCCUGAAGGGACACAAAUUUUGGGAUCAGGGAGCAGCGGUGCCAGCGGAGCAGGGACACAAAUCCCCGCGGCCCAGCCCCUCCAUGGCCGCUCCUCCCCGAUCCGACCCCUCCCUCCUGCAGGAACCGCCCCGGUCCCCGGGAAGCCGCGGCUGCCCCGUCCCUGAAAUGCCCGGGGCCAGCCGGGCUCCGCGGGCACGGCGGGAGGUGGCCCUGCCCUGGCACGGGUGGCACCUGCCACCGUCGUUACGCUCCCUGCCACCCGCACCGUUCCAAGGUUCCAGCGCUCUGUGACAUCACUUCGGUCCGCUGGCACCGGAGGUGACAGGUCUGCGCUGGCUCUGCCGCUUGCGCUGGCACCGAUGGCUUUGCUGGGGCUGCUCGUCCUGCUGGCCCUGCCCGGACCCGCGGGUGGCACGUGGGACACCUGCAGAGGUACCUGCGGGCUCCGGCCCAUGGCCUUCGACCACAGCUCCAUGGUUGCUGAGUAUUCUCAGGACAACGACUACGACUCCUUGGAUUCUUCCGAUGGCACCUCCGAGUACACGGUUAACUCCGCGGGGGUGCACCCGGGGGCCUGGCCCGGUGUCAUCAGCGUCCAGGCCACCCUGGAGAACGGCACAUGGCACAUGUGCUCGGGGGCUCUCAUCAGCCCCCAGUGGGUGCUCACGGUGGCCCAGUGCUUCUUCAGGUCUGGGGACAUCUCCAGGUGGGAGGUGGUGAUCGGAGCCACCGAUCUGAGCCAGCCUGGCCCCGAGGCGCAGCUGCGCCACAUCCAGACCCUGCUGGUGCACCAGCACUACAACCCCCGCACGGCCCUGAACAACAUCGCCCUGCUGGAGCUGGACCAGCCCGUGGAGUGCAGCGACUACAUCCAGCUGGGCUGUGUGCCCGACAGCUCGCUGGCGGUGUCCGAGCUGAAAACCUGCUACAUCGCGGGCUGGAGGAACACCCCGGACAGCGCCCCCAGCCCACGCCUGGUGCUGCAGGAGGCCAAGGUGCGGCUGAUCGACGUCCAGCUGUGCAACAGCAGCCGCUGGUACGGGGGGGCCGUGCACCCCCAGGACCUGUGCGCGGGGUACCCGCGGGGCGGCAUCGACACCUGCCAGGGGGACAUCGGGGGUCCCCUGGUCUGCAAGGACAACACCGGUGACUACUUCUGGCUGGUGGGCCUGGCCAGCUGGGGCAAGGGCUGUGCCGGGGCCAAGAGGCCGGGGGUGUUCACGUCCAUCCAGCAGUUCCACACCUGGAUCCAGGUGCAGAUGGGGCUGCUCCCGCCAGAAGCUGACGCUGCCCCACCCGAGCCCUUCCCGAGCCCGGAGGAAGAGCCCGAGGCAGACUUGGAGGAUGAGAUGAAUCCGAACCCGGAUGACUCGGAGGAUUACUCGAAGGUUUCAUUCCAACAACAGAUCCUGGGGAAAUUCCUGAACCUGCUGCUGGAGCUCCUGCAGUUCCUGAAGGGAGAGAAAGCCUGACAGCAGGAUGAGCUGAUCCAGUUCUGGCAAGCAUUCCCAGCCUGGGCCGUGGCUGUGGGGCCAACCCAGCCCCGGUGCCCAGGGCUGCUGUGCCCUGCCCACGCUGACCCCUGCGCCCACCCCGAUGGUGAAUCCAGUUUGUGCUUCAAUUAGAGUUGUUCCAGUUCCCAGUUAGCCACUGUGUCCAGUUCAGUUUCCUGGGAAAAACAUGGAUGGGACAAUCUGGGGGGGAAG